AUGCAGGUUCACCUGAACAACAUUCAGGGUGACAUUCAGACCGACUUUAACAACAUGCAGGGUCAACAGAACAGCAUUCAGGCCAACGUUAACACCAUUCUUGGCGUAGUUCUGGGCCAACAAGAUCUUAUGGACAACAUGCAGGGCGAAGUGAACAACAUUCAGGGCAAGCUUACCAAUAUGCAGGCACGCCAAAUCAAUCUCUUGGCGUUUCGUGUCGAUUCUGCAAUUCAGCUCCUGCACGACAAUGCCAGAAACUUGCCUCCUUUGGCCAACAUGCCUCAAAACAGAGUGGAAUUGGACAAUUUGACUGAUGCAGACUUCAACACGCUUUAUGCAUUUUACAAUAUCCAACAUGACCCCGUCGAAACCAAGAAGUAG